CGCAUGUCAACACUUUUGUGUGGUUUGUAAGAAUGGCACUGCGCGCUAAGGUCUUGAGAUUCAGUUUAGCUGUGAAUCGUAAUUUACCCAAAACUGUUGUCUGCAACAAUCGGCACUUCUCAGAAAAAUCGUCCUCCAAUCCGAAAGCAUCUCUUUCUACCGAGAAUAUCGACCAUGUUCUCUACACAGAGGAACAUUUUGCAUUAAAGUCAUCUUUGAGAAAGAUCAUUGAUCAAGAGAUCAAUCCAUAUGUUGACAAAUGGGAGGAAGAAGGGCAGUUUCCUGCUCAUAAGAUCUUCAAAAUCCUGGGAAGUGCAGGAUUUCUGGGAGUCAACAAACCUGUGGAGUAUGGCGGUCUGGGAUUGGACUUCAGCUACAGUUUGGCUGUGGCUGAAGAACUGGGGAACAUCAACUGUGGAGGGAUUCCCAUGGCCAUUGGUGUUCAGAGUGACAUGGCUACACCUGCACUGGCGAGGUUUGGUUCUGCAGAGCUCAAGAGAGAGUUUUUGCUGCCCAGCAUAAUGGGAGACAUAGUGGCCUGCCUCGGGGUGAGCGAAACAGGGGCCGGCUCUGAUGUAGCAAGCAUCAAGACUAAAGCUGUGCGCAAAGGAGACGAGUUUGUCAUUAACGGUGGAAAGAUGUGGACUACUAAUGGCACACAAGCAGACUGGAUGUGCCUCCUGGCCAACACCAGCGAUGACCCCUCUCACAAGAACAAAUCCCUAAUCUGCUUACCCAUGAAUCUGCCUGGCGUUCAAAUCGCACGUAAGAUCGGUAAAAUGGGCAUGUUGUCAUCGGACACAGCGGAAGUGUUUUUCGAUGACGUGCGCGUGCCCUGCAAAAAUAUCAUAGGGCAGGAGGGAAUGGGCUUCACUUACCAGAUGCUACAAUUCCAGGAGGAGCGGCUCUGGGGGACGGCCAAUAUCCUGACGAUGAUGGAGAAAGUUGUCCAAGAGACCAUUAACUACACGAGACAGAGGAAGAUCUUCAAGCAGCCGGUUCUGUACCACCAGGUCGUUCACUUCAGGCUGGCUGAGCUGCAGACAGAAAUCGAGCUGUUGCGCUCCCUUUUGCAUCGCGCCACAGCUCUGUACAUCAAGGGAAACGACGUGACAAAGUUGGCGUCGAUGGCCAAGCUGAAGGCCGGACGACUGGCCCGAGAGGUCGGUGACAGCUGCCUCCAGUACUGGGGUGGCAUGGGCUUUACCAGUGGUGUCCUGGUCAGCAGGUUCUUCAGGGACUCCAGAUUAAUGUCUAUUGGUGCAGGAGCUGAUGAGGUGAUGCUGUCAAUCAUAUGCAAGUACAUGGACACUCUGCCCAGGAAAUGACAUCACUGAUAUGAAUUCAAUGUGAAAAAUAGUGCACUUACAAUGAACUUGAGAAUCUAAC